GAAUUGUUACUUUAUUAAUGGAGUAAAGAGAACCGUCCUGCUGCUGCUGCUGCUGAAGCUCGAUCAGUCCGACCACCUUUAGACACAAGCGUUCAGCGAUGGACAGACCCCCGAACCCUCAGAAUACUGGAGUCAGCACAGGUACGACCAUCCUUGCAGUGAAGUUUAAUGGAGGAGUUAUUAUUGGUUCUGAUUCCAGGGCCUCAAUCGGUGGGUCGUAUGUGUCAAAUAAAAUGAUCAACAAGCUGAUUCAGGUUCAUGACAAAAUAUUCUGUUGCAUUGCUGGAUCAUUGGCAGAUGCACAAGCCGUUACAAAAAUGGCCAAGUUUCAGCUAUCUUUCCACAGCAUACAGAUGGAGGCUCCUCCCUUGGUGAAAGCUGCAGCAUCUGUGCUGAAGGAACUGUGCUACAACAAUAGGGAAGAGCUGCAGGCCGGUUUUAUCACAGCGGGCUGGGACAGGAAAAGAGGGCCACAGGUGUACACAGUGUCGAUGGGAGGAAUGCUGAUUAGUCAACCUUUUACUAUUGGCGGUUCUGGUAGUACCUUUAUCUAUGGCUAUGCAGACGCUAAAUUCAAACCUGACAUGAGCCGAGAGGAGUGUCUUCAGUUCACUACAAAUGCUUUGACCCUGGCUAUAGGCAGAGAUAACGUGAGUGGGGGCGUGGUCCACAUGGUGGUGAUCACUGAGGAUGGAGUGGAACAUGUGGUUGUUCCUGGUGAUAAACUGCCCAAGUUCCAUGAUGAAUAGAAUAUACUGUAGUAGGACAUAAGCAAUCAACUGUAACAUUAGCACCCAAUCUGUGAUUGGAUUAAAGCUCCUGAAUGGACUAUGUAAUUCUCAUGUUUGGAAAUGUGCAUUCAUUAAACAUAAUUGGUUUGUUCA